AUGGGGGCAGUUCCUUACAAGGUUGAUGUGUAUAGUUUUGGAAUGUUGUUAAUUGAUAUGGUGGGCAUGAACCGAGACUUGAAAGGAAAGAACGUCCAUUCUAACCAGUAUUUUCCAUACUGGAUAUAUGAUUGUCUUGAGCAAGGUAAGAAUAUUGAAAUUGAAGAAUCGAAUGAAAUGAAGUAUGAUGAUGGAAAUGAUAGUCGGGGGGAUAUUGUUAAGAAGAUGACGAUAGUUGCAUUGUGGUGUAUACUGAUGAGCCCAGAUGAUCGUCCAUCAAUGAAUAAGGUGUUGAAGAUGUUGGAAGAUGAUAUUGAACGUUUGCAGAUUCCUUCUCAAUAA